CAUGUCUCCCGCUGAGAUCAUGGCCGCCGCCCAGCCAUCGCAACCUCUCUUUUUCCAACUGUACAAACACUCGGAUGACGCUACUGCCGAAAAGCGUGUGCGAGAAGUCGAAAGACUCGGUUACAAGGCGAUCUUCCUGACCGUCGACGCUGUGGUGCCAGGAAAUCGAGAGAAAGAUUUGCGCAGCCCGUGGAUUAUGGAGGAUCAGGAGAAAGGGUCUCCGACAUAUUACAAGGAGGGUGUUGUGGACGACGCUCCAUUUUCUUUUGGAACUGCCGGCGCACUGAUCGUCAACGACGAUCGUGACAUGACAUGGGAGAGAACAAUUCCUUGGUUGCGUAAGGUAACCAAAUUACCCAUCGUGAUAAAAGGCAUCCAAUGUGUUGAGGAUGCCGUUCUGGCCGCGGAUGCCGGUGUCGAUGGAAUCCUCUUGUCUAACCAUGGAGGCCGUCAGCUGGAAUUCUCCUUACCGCCUCUCGAGGUCCUGUAUAAGCUGCGAAAGGAGAGGCCCGACGUCUUUUCCAAACUAGAAGUCUACAUUGAUGGUGGCAUCACAAGGGGAACAGAGAUAAUCAAGGCACUGUGCUUGGGGGCAAAAGCUGUCGGAUUGGGACGUCCCUUCCUGUACGCCCAGAGUGCAUACGGAGAGGCUGGUGUGGUGAAGAUUGUUCAGAUACUGGAACGCGAGAUCAAGACCACCAUGAUCGGUCUAGGUGUCAAAAGAGUCAGCGAAUUGAGACCGGAGAUGAUCGAGCGAGUGGAUUGGGAACCUCUUCCCCGAGCGAAACUGUAAUCGAUUUGUCCUGGAGGGAGUUUUAGAGGGAUACGCACGGAUACCACAUUACUUCAUCUCACUAUCUUGCUCAUUUCGAGCUCUCGGAUCAUCUUCUCAAUAUAUGGAAUGUUGAUAGGCCCCUCGAUCCCAGCCACGGGGUCCCACUGUUUUUGUUCAAAAACAGCCCAUUUCCACCUCU